AUGUAUACCGAUCUAUCUACUAUCUAUCUAUCUAUCUAUCUAUCUAUCUAUCUAUCUAUCUAUCUAUCUAUCUAUCUCAUUCUUAUCACUAUCCCCCGCCCCCUCUCUCUCUCUCUCUCUAUCUAUCUAUCUAUCUAUCUAUCUAUCUAUCUAUAUAACCAAACAUCUCCAUCUACAUUAACUCAGACAUUUUAUUUUUCUUUCUUUCUUUAUUGCUUUUAUUUUAUUUUAUUUUCUUUUAUUUUUCUUUCAUCCUUUAUUUCCGUUAUUUUUCUUUCUUUCUUUAUUCCCUUUAUUUUUCUUUCUUUCUUUAUUCCUUUUAUUUUUCUUUCUUUCUUUAUUUCUUUUAUUUUUCUUUCUUUUCUUUAUUCCUUUUAUUUUUCUUUCUUUCUUUAUUCCGUUUAUUUUUCUUUCUUUCUUUAUUCCUUUUAUUUUUCUUUCUUUCUUUAUUUCUUUUAUUUUUCUUUCUUUCUUUUUUAUUUUUCUUUCUUUCUUUAUUCCCUUUAUUUUUCUUUCUUUCUUUAUUCCCUUUAUUUUUCUUUCUUUCUUUAUUCCUUUUACUUUUUUAUUUCUUUAUUUCCUUUCCUUUGUUAA